GAUCAAGAACUCUGGAAAAUUUACUUCGCCACUCAAAGAUUCAUCACUCAAGAAAACGAUUGCGCAUAGGUUCGAUUCCGUCGUCCCUACCAUUGUCAAGAUUAUUUCGAAAAUAAAAUCGUCAGCAGUGGGGAUUGUCUUCUGGCGGCGAGGACAGACACUAAAAAAUAAAGACAAACUGAAUUUUAUUCCGCGCCUUCACUCCAAUAAGUUCGAAUGUCUUGUUACGUGGGCACUGUGAUUAUUAGAUUUAUCAAUCGUUUAUCGCUGAAAUGAGGCACAUUGUGGCGCUCGAUGUGGGAACCACAACUGUACGCGCUCAUGUUUUUGAUGAGAAUGCUGUCACUCUUGGAAGUUUUGUACAAAAGGUCGAGCUGAUAUAUCCGAGACCUGUUUUUGUGGAAAUCGACCCCGAUCAACUCUGGAGUGCAGUUCUCCGGGUGCUGAGGGGGGCUGUCGAGGCAAGUGGAAUCGACGCUAAAUCCAUCGCUUCCCUGGGUAUUUCAACGCAACGCGGGACUUUUCUAUCCUGGAACUUUGCCACUGGAAAGCCCUACCACAGAUUCAUAACAUGGAAGGACUUGCGUGCAGACUCGAUGGUACGAGAGUGGAAUUCCUCAUUAACGAUGAAAUGUCUUAGAAUGGGAUCACGCAUACUUUACCUAGUGACACGUAAUAAACGAUUUCUCGCGGGGAGUGUGCUGAAGCUUAUGAACACGCAGAUGACGUUGCGUUUAGCCUGGGCGCUCAAACACAUUCCCGGGCUGAGAGAGGCAGCAGCGAGUGGAAACGCGGUGUUCGGGGGUGUGGAUUGUUGGCUUUUGUACAAACUCACUGGAAAACACAUAACUGAUGUGUCGAGUGCGGCAGCAACAGGGCUCUUCGACCCCUUCACAAUGGGGUGGGCGGGCUGGGCACAGGAUCUCUUCAAAAUUCCCUCGUCGAUGCUUCCGCAGAUUGUCGACACCGCUGGAAAUUUUGGGGAAACUCCCAGGGACAUAUUCGGUGUGCCAGUUCCCAUCACCUGUUGCAUGGCUGAUCAGGCGGCAUCAUUAUUCGGCUCUGGCUGCUUUCACCCGGGGGACCUGAAGGUCACCAUGGGUACAGGAACGUUCCUAGAUGUUAAUACAGCAAACCAACCUCAUGCAUCCAUCGCAGGCUUGUACCCUCUGGUCGCCUGGAGAAUCGGUCCUGAGUUGGCAUACGCAGCUGAAGGUGCCUCUAAUGAUACAGGAACUCUCAUUGAGUGGCUCAGAACCAUAGGAAUUAUAAAACAACCUGAGGAAUUAACGGAUCUGGUCGAGUCUGUCGAUAAUUCCGAUGGCGUUUAUUUCAUUCCAGCCUUCAGUGGCUUACAAGCACCAAUUAAUGACCAGUCCGCAGCAACUGGAUUUUUGGGCGUUAAACCGACCUCGGGGAAGGCUCACAUGGCUCGAGCUGUUCUGGAGAGCAUAGUUUUUCGAAUUUUACUGCUCUAUGAGUCGCUGUGCACUGAGACAUGUCGGGAUUACACUUGCAUUCGCGUGGAUGGAGGUGUGUCCCAGAAUGACUUUGUACUGCAAUUACUAGCUGAUUUGACUGGUCUACAAGUCGAGAGAUCCGCGACCACAGAAAUGUCAAUUUUAGGCGUCACGUUUCUCGCCGGCCUACAGUGUGAUAUUUGGAAAAAUAAAGAGGACCUGAGUAAGUUUCGAAAAAUCGAGACGAUCUUCGAGCCUAAUAGAUCCAGAAGACUCUUGUAUCAACCGACGAUAUAUCAGUGGAAACGAGCGAUGGACAGAUUCCGGAAUUGGUACUGAUAGCAGUGAAACGCGCACCAAGUUCCUGUUUCCAGUUAAAAAUGGAAAAGACGUUUUUUCCGCGAGUAAAUAUGAUAUUUAUUGUUGAAGGGAAAAGCAGGAAAGAUCGUAAUGAAGAAAAAGUGAUCGUUCUUGAGAUGUAUGAUUCCAAAUUGACAAUUACGAAACCCAACGUAAGCUUUUAACAUUUUUUAAAUUGAAAACUUCAAAUUUUACGUUGACAGCUCAAUUCUGCAUCGAAAUGCUGCGCCAAUUCGUGCCUAUUAAGCCAUUCCUAUUGAAGGUUUUUAUAUGCUUUUACAACUUAUGCAAGUGUUGUAGAUGCCAUUAGGCCAUAAUAAUUGUUUUUUAUAGAACUUUAUCACUUAAGUUCGUUAAUCGUCGGAAAAAAUAUAUAUUGUUGAUGAACCUUGAAAA